GCAAAUUAAAUGCAGCUUUGCUUUUGAUAGAAUCGGACGCGUCGUGUUUCGUUGCGAUGUGAUGCCCGUGGCCGCGACUGAUCUGUGCGGGUUAUAUAAGUUGAUAAAGGUUCACGUACCUUGGUGAAAAUCCUCCUCACGAUGCCACCCAAUGGGUUUCCUGUGUUUUUGCAAUGCCGGCCGAUCAAAUCCAGUACUCGGAGAAGUACUUCGACGAUAACUUUGAAUACCGGCACGUAAUACUUCCCCAGGACUUGGCCAAACAUGUUCCCAAGGCGCACCUGAUGACCGAGACGGAGUGGCGCAAUCUGGGCGUGCAGCAGAGUCCUGGCUGGGUGCACUACAUGGUGCACGCCCCGGAGCCCCAUGUGAUUCUGUUCCGGCGCAAACGCAUUCCGGCCGAGGACGCUCCACAGGUAGCUGCCGCCAACGCGGCCCAGGCCAUUGCGAAUCUGUGCGGUUAGGCCCGGCCAUCCAUCCCAUCACUUCACACUUCCAAGGACUCUAACCAAUGCUCACGCAGUAUUUCAUAAGUUAGCAUCAGAGAAACUGAUGUAAAAUCAAUACCCAUAGCUUUAAGAGCAGUUCAGCUGGCAAGUUCAAAAACACGAAACGACAUGGAGACAACGUUUCUGUUAAUUUCAUUAAGUUUAUAUACCUAAAAUACAAAUCGAAGCGUACGCCCUGUGUACAGACAGUUAAAAA